AUGCCGGCGACGCGCUCUAGGCGGGCGGCAAGCAGGGUGACUCGAGGUCGAGAAAGAGGAAGCUGGAGCUUAUGCAGGGCGUGCGAAAGCUUAUGCGGUAAUCUCCUGUGGAUCGUCCUCUGCGUUCGAGGCUCCUGGCAACGCUGCAACUCCGUCUACUGUGGAGCGAAGGAGGAUGCCAUCGGCGCCGUCAAAGGGGUCACGGCCUCAUCCUCCUGUCUGGAGCUUCCCGUCGUGGUCCUGCAAACUCUAGGGACACUGCAGGUCGGUGGCCUCGAGGUCCACGAAGCAGCGAGGAGGUCUGCAGGUAAACUUGCUUGCGGAGACCUCGAUGUUUGUGAGCCUCGAGACGAAAAUGUGUCGAUAUGGGGCAUAUAA